GAGAGAGACUUUUUACUUUGCAUUCUCUUUCUCACUUUUACCCACCACCUCCUCCUAAACUCCACCCCUACCGCGUCAGCGCUUCAUCUAUAGUGAAGGAAGAAGAGAUAAACUUGACAAAGUGGCAGCUGUCACCAAAUGGGAUUUCUGGAGGGGACAGAAGCGGACUAACGGAGGCGCAUUUGGAAGACGAAGAAAGGCGAAGAGGGCGCGCUGCUUGUGAUUGGGAGACCUCGCUCUUUCACCCCUCAUUUUUUUUUUUUGUUGGGCUGUGGAUUACAAAAGUGAACACUGAAAAGUGGACCAGGAACCGCCUUUAUUCGUCACACUUGACGGAUUGUGACAGAACAAUGAACGUGUCACAGCCAGAUAGCAGGAAAACCAUGCGUGACUUGGCUGUGGAGAUUGGCAUCCGAGUUCUGCUCUUUGGAGUUUUUGCAUUUACUGAAUUUCUGGAGCCCUUUGAAAGAGUCAUACAACCUGAGGAGCUUUGGCUGUACAAGAAUCCACUGGUUGAGUCCGAUCAUAUUCCCAAGAGGGUCAUGUUUGCAAUCUCCUUCCUUACACCACUGGCUGUGAUAUUUGUUGUGAAGAUAAUUCAGAGGACAGACAAGACUGAAAUUAAAGAGGCAUGUUUAGCUGUAUCACUGGCUCUCGCCCUGAAUGGAGUCUUCACAAACACCAUCAAGUUGAUUGUCGGCAGACCCAGGCCUGACUACUUCCAGCGAUGUUUCCCCGAUGGUCAGGUGAAUGCAAAGAUGCUGUGCACCGGAGAGCCACAUCUGGUCUCAGAGGGGCGCAAGAGUUUUCCCAGCAGUCAUUCCUCUUUUGCAUUUUCUGGGCUUGGUUUCACUUCCUUCUACCUGGCGGGGAAGCUGCAGUGCUUUACCAGUCAGGGUCGAGGUCGGAGCUGGCGUCUCUGUGCCACGGUGCUGCCCCUCUACAGCGCAAUGAUGAUUGCAUUGUCCAGGACCUGCGACUACAAGCACCACUGGCAAGAUGCCUUUGUUGGAGGAGUGAUCGGGCUGCUGUUUGCAUACAUCAGCUAUCGCCAGCACUACCCCCCCUUUCUGCACACGGACUGUCACCUCGCCUACGCCAGCCUGACUGCCACCGCUCACGCCCCCCCGCAUCCCCAGGAGGAUCAGCGGCCCAUUGAAAAUGCCACCACCCUCCCUGUAGAGGGCUUGACCGAAGCACCGCUAUGACUAGUGGCCACCACCGAGACCGACCUCACCAAACCAGCGAGCUCCCCUCCACAUUCCCACUGACUGACUCCAUGGCUCCUGUGUACAUUCCAGAGGACAGUAAGCCACACACCCCUCCUCCAUCUUGGUAUAUACCGUCUCGGUGUUCGCUACUUUCUCCUUUGGGUGUUUUAUACUAUUCUUGCUUAGCAGCUGUGAAGGUCUGUAUGUAAGUAUAAUACAAGGAAGAACAUACAUUCUUUGAACAUCUGAGGAACUGAUAUUGGACAUUAUCUGUUGUUAAAGUUGUUGUUAAAGUCCGAAAUGUAUCAGUCAAGGAGUAAUCUGAAGCAGCUGGCAUUAGUUGUAAACACUUGAAGGUGUUUUGCCUUAUUGAAAGGUGGUAGUCCUGACCGGGUGCGUGUGCUCAUGUUUUUGGGGCUUAUGGUGCUAUACUGUAUGUACAGAAUGUUGCUUGCAUGUAAUCUAUCUCAUGAUAGACAUUUGGAGUGGUCGAUGUGUCACUACAGUGCAGUAAUUUGUUCUUGCGGGCCCUCGAAUCACAUUUGAAGACUAAGGUCCAAUUUACACUAAAUUUGAGCAAUAGAUUAAUUUAUAAGUGUUAUUAAUGCAUACAUAGUCAUCAUUACAUUUCAUUUCAUUUGACAUAAUAAUUGGUUAACAGUCUGUGUAACAAUUAGAAAACAUGGAUAAGGCCAUACUCACGGUAGCUGGUGCCACACACGUACUGUGCUUGGACCUCUUUUUAGAGAACUGCCUCUUUUGGCUCAGCUCACUAAAAAGAGCUGGCUCUUCCGGCUCCCAAAUGGCUCCUCAGAUUUUUUAUUUUGGAUUUGGAAUUGAUUUCUUAACGAAAAUACAUGCAAAAUGAAUACAAAAAAGACCCAUCUCAAUUAGACAAAAAGGUCCAGUCUGAUUGUGAGUGUUAAUUUGUAAAUUUCCAACUACAGUGGAACCUCACUUAGCGUCCGCUCCGGUUAGCAUGUUUUUGGGAAAAAAUUUGCAAAUAAUUUCGAAUAGGGACGUCCCGAGCCUAUUUUUUUUAUAGUCUUACCGAUCCCAUCCCGAUUCCUUUUUUUUUAAAUAAUCAUACAUUUUCAGCGCUAUAGUAAUUUAUUGACAAUCCCGAGUAUAAACAACCAGAACUUCCCGUGCGAGCUCCCCGCUGUAGCUACGGAGCCGAAUAGCCAACGUCCAAUGUGAAACUAACUUCACCGCCCGUGUUACAUGUUCUUUUUCUUGCGGGUGGUGGGAGUCGAGUGGCAACCAGCUUUGAGGCGCAUUACUGCAUCUACCAUGCUGGAGUGUGACGCAGAGUUACGGACGUUAUACGGCAACCGGAUCGGCCCGAUCUUGUGGCGGAAGCCGAUAUUAUCCGAGUUUCAAAAUACAGUGGUUAGGCAGCCGAUUCCGAUUGUGAAGAUCGAAUCGGGACAUCCCUAAUCGCAAAACUAUAAAAAACAUUUUUUUUGUUAACAUUUUUGGCUUUCUUUAAUGGAUUAAUUGGAUGCAUAUUAUUUCUUAUGGGGAAUUCAUGAUGCUAACCAAGGUUCCUCUGUGAAACAACACAACAUCAACUAAACACAACACAACAAAAUAUAAAAAAGCAGCAUCCAGGCAGCAGUUUUUUCUCAGCUUUUGUUUUCCUGCAUUUAUCUCACCUUUCCAGCUUGCUUGUGUGCAUAAGCCUCCCGCCUCCCAUUUUUGUUUUGUGUCGACACAUACAGCACCACACAUUUUGGCCAGUCACGUUAACACUUUAACAGAAAAAAGACGACAACAAAGAAAACAAGAACUCGUUGACUUCAAAGAACCAGCUACCGUCGUGGACUUCAAAGAGCCGGCUCUAAGAACGACCCAUCGCUGUUGAACACACUACAGAUUGCCUACUGUGGGUACACCCUUAGUAAAAUAAUAUUAUGUAUAGGUAAGUUUAAGUAUUAUAGUCAUUCAAUAAAGAAAAAGUGCUUUGCACUUGAGAUGGAAGUGAGGGUCGGCAUGUCACUCUUUGACGAAAGAAACAAGUUAGACUUUCUAGACACUAAGAAACGAGCCUCAUUUGAUUCCUGACUACCAUUGAUGUCCCUUGUUAAACACCUGUUCACUUCGUAAAUGAUGAAUACAGUAUCCAUCAGCCCUCAAUGACAAGCGGCGACCACAAUUGUGGAAAAUUUUAAACUCAAACCUCUCCAAUAUUUAAAGGGACUGUUUGAAACGGUUACACAGGCGAAUAGCACAGGCAAGAACGGACGUCAUUACAUUGUUUUGGUUUAUUGCCCAGGCAAAAACCCGCAACCCACUUGAAAACGACCCCACAUCGCGACCCACCCCUUGAGAAUCGCUGGUCUGCGCGCACAUGCAUGUGACAUACAGUUAAAGUACUGUGAUUGCUACUUGUCAGUUCUUAAUUAUACCCAUCACCUUUUAUACUAAAAAUGUGUAGGAAAACGCAACAUAAUCCACAAAGUUUAAGCCCAAUGUACGCGCAAAAGGCGUUAUAGUCUUUUCCGCCUCCCUAACCACCCACUUCAGGUCCCUCCGGCCCUCCACAGUGCAGCUGUGCGAACUGUACUGUUUGGUGGGUUGGUUCCUGAUUGGGAACGACUGCUCUAGUGCCAAAAAGAAGGGACUGUGCUUUUGGCCCCUGUCGUCACCGUAUAUUUGUCACUGAUCUGGAAGAGAAGAUGACCACCUGAUAUCACGUGUUUAACACUCCAGACAAACUCUAAAUGAAUGUCUAUAAACUCAAAGCUCUUUGACAUCACAACCAACACUCCAUAUUUUUUUCGUUGUAUGUCCCCGAUGAGAUAGUAGCAUCUGCUGUACUGCAAGCGUGUUAAAAAAAAUAUGGACUUACUUUUAACCAUCGAUGCUACUUGGGCAGGCAGAUGUAGUGUGUGGUGUGAAAUUAGAAAUCUAGUCUGAAUUAUGAGACCUCAAUAUUUCUUGCAUCACCAUAGCAACACAAUGAUGAAUGUAAACCAAUAAACUCUGAGAAGCGGUGGUCCACGUGUAGCACUAUAUUAAUAUGUAACUUCAGUCUACUACUCCAACACACUGUCAGGGUUCCAUUUCUUUCUCCAUCUCCUGCACCUGCGUUUUUUUCAUUUUAAAUUGCAAUCUCAUAUCUAACUGUCACACCUACAGCCCCAAAUAUCCGACUUGACAUUGCAUUCUUCUUGGACAUGUGAUCAGAGCAAAUGAAAUCAAUAAGAGGCAGGUGGGGAUGGCAGGAUGGAGGUUUGUUUAACAAAAACUCCAGCAUGAAUCCUCAUUAAGGGGAAGUCACUGCUACUUGUGUUUAAUGAGGGCAUCACCGCGAUAGUAUAAAAACCCCAAGGAUUGGCCAAGCACUGCAAAAUCAGCAUAUUGGCUGCAACCACACCAAUAAAUACACAAUCAGGCACUCGUGAGAGAACAUACCUAACCUGCAACCCCCACUUACAGAGGAACCUCCAAAGUCAAACGGCAAUAGUGGUACAGUUUGGAGUUUAACCAAUAUUUGUGGAAAAAAUACACCUCAAAUAUUGCAUAAAAAUAUCUUAUUGCGUGACGUCAGAAAGACUUCAAAAGGAUCAACUCUACAUGUGUUUUCAUGGGGUUUUUUUUUGUUUUUUCUGAAGUAACCAUUCAUGGGUGCUGGGGAAGAAAAUGGUGAUGAUAACCAUAGAACCAGAAUUGGACCUUGAAUUGUCAUAUCGGAUUUUUUUUCUGAUCCAAAUUUGUUUCUAUGCACACAAAAGGCAUAUUUCUCUCACAUCUGUCUAAAUCUUUGUCCGAGAGCACUUCUCAUUUUCUGAGAUAAUACAUCCUCCUUAUCCACCAUAUGCUGAUUAGACAGCAUGGUUAUUACACAUUGCCUUAGGAUGGCCACUAGGGGUGUCACAAGGUUUUGUGUCACGAGAUCUUCUUGCAAGAUUAAAACGUGACAAGAUUUCUCAUUCAGAAACAAAAAAAUCUUGUCUCGGCACUAGGCCUGGGACAAUAACAAUAAAUAACUAAUUAAUAAAUCAACAGCAAAUUAACUUUAUAAUUUUGCCGGCCUCAGUAUAUAUUGACAUGUGCAUGCGUGUCUGUUUUCAGGAAGAGAGUUCUUUCUGUGCAUUGGUUUCAGCACCUUGGCGCCUUUGUUCCAUAGAACAAUGGUAUCAACGGCGUGCAGAAGAGUAUAACAUAGAAAUUGAAUUAGUAGAUUGCUAUAUAUUGUCAUGUAUAAGCAAUGUUAAAAUAGUGUGUCAUGUCGUUCUCGUAGGCCAAAUCUUGUGUAUCGUCCCGUCUCGUGUCUUGUGACAUCCCUGCUGGCCACAAUAAAAGGCCAAAGGAGAAGGGCUCCUUAACACAAUUUAGAAACAUUAGUGAACAAUAUUUAAAAAAAAAAAUAGGCCUUUUGUGUACAUGGAAAAGGUUUUAGAUGUUUGAGUUCAGCUCAUGAAACAUGGCAGCUAAAACUGAAGUGUUGCAUACAUAUUUUUGUCGAGUGCACAUACGUAAAUAGAUUUUACCAAGCCAAUGUUAAUGUAAAUAUUGACGAGAAAGCAUGAGAGCGAAUCACAAGUUUCAAAAUGACCAGACCAGCUUGCCAAAUAAUGGAUUUUUUUACAUUUCUCAUUUUUACUGUUCAAGAUGUGAUCUUACUGUAUAUUGCCUGACAGACAGAUGGCCGUACAACAAGGUUUUAUUGCUUUAUUGAAAUUAGAACAGCUUGGAAGUCAACCAGCAUCAUGGAAUGAAUUGUUUUUUACUUUUCCGGUUCCACUGUAUUUUCAGUUAUUGUUAUUCAUAAUAUUAACUCUUUAUUCAGGACACUCUUUUUAAAAAAAAGCGACACCAAUUAUCUGUCGAAAUGUUGUUUUUGUUUUUAUGCGUCUCGUGACACGAUAAUGAAAAGGCACAAUUAAAGCAUUUCACCAAACCAACAUUUCGGUGGCUGACAGGAGCAAACAAGCAGCAACGUCCAAACGCUCCAAACACAGAACUGAUCCAAAACCAAAAACACACACAAACGCCAUAAAACACAUCCAUCCAUCUUCUAUGCCGCUUAUCCUUACUCGGGUCACGGGUAUGCUGGACCCUGUCCCAGCUGACUUUGGGCGAGAGGCGGGGUACACCCUGGACUGGUCGCCAGUCAAUGGCAGGGCACAUAUAGACAAACAAGCAUUCAUACCCAUGGACAAUCUAGACUGGUCAAUUCACCUAACAUGCAUGUUUUUGGAAUGUGGGAGAAAAAGGGAGUACCUGGAGAAAACCCACGCACACACGGGGAGAACAUGCAAACUCCACACAGAGAUUUGAACCCAGAUCCUACAGAUCUCCCGACUGUGUGGCCAACACGCUACUAGGCCACAAGGUGCGGCCCGCCAUAAAACACAUGCAACGGGAAAAUCUGCUCAUUACAAAUGCUGCAAUCACACAAAUGUUGUAGGAUCGCAAACAAAUGGAAAAGAAAAAUGCUGCAAAACACCAGACCUGAGGGGUAUCCGUCUUAAAGAAAAAAAAACAUGAGAGGGAUGCCCAGAAGUACGACGGAGUAUUGGGGCCACGUUGAGAAAACAAAAAUCUUGAUUUUGAAAAUAAAGUCGGAAAUUUGCGAGAAAGAACUCAGAAUUGUGAAGCAGAAUCCACCAAGUUGGAUUGUUCACCCACUAAUAGGGAACUUGAGUUGGGUUUAGGUCGUUGAGAGACAGGUUAGUUUUACCCUACUAAUGAUGUGUUGUUGCAAUACUAUUGCAAUACCAUGUGUUGUUGCAAUAGUAAUAGUAAUAUUAUGAGUUUUUUUCUCAUAAAUAUGCAACUUUAUUCUUGUAAAUGUAUGAGAAAAAACUCAUUAUAUUAUGAGUCCUGAGUUGACCACUUACUGAGGAAACGAUAGCUCUUUAUUUGGCAGUAGCCAAUCACGAGCUAUCAGUGCACUCACACUACCUUAUCAACCCAUUGGAAGUCAUUCGAGGUCAGCAUAUAUACCAGUAUCACAACGUAACAGUCAGAGUCACCGUGUCAUCUUUCAAAGAACACUUUACUACUACUAACAGCACUAAAUUCAUCACACAGCAACUUAAUACUCAAACGGCGUAAAUGCAAAUAUACAAAUAUGUCAAAAUAUUUUAAAGUUUCCACAUAAGGCAUUCGUCUGAGCAACGCAUUCAUUGGGGCGCUGCAAUGACGUCAGCUUCCCUCUUUUUGCUUUGGGCUGUGGUGGACAGAACCAACAUUGCAGCUUUUCUAUGCUUUCUAUGCUCCUCCAAUGAAAUGGUUUUCUCAAACGUAAUGCAUUGUGGGAACACUUUAAAAUGUUUGUUUGUUUUUUUUUCAAAUUAAACUCGUAUUGAUACAUGUUUUUAUAUUUCUCAGGUAGAACAUUUGAGUGUUAGUUGCUGUCUGAUGACUAUAAUGUUGUUUGUAAGAUGAAACCAUGAGUCAAACUGUUAUAUUGAGUAAUGACCACCUGCAGUUUCCAAUGGGUUGACAAGCUCGUCAUGAGUUUUCUCAUUGCUCUUGAUUGGCAAAUUGGCAAAUAAAGCGCUAACUGGUCCUGACGGACUUGUGCGCGCCACAAUAUGCCACUUUAUGACUUGGACACGUGCGGCUUAUACACUGUAGGGGUGGAGGAAAAAAUUGGCAAACUAUUGAUCACGAAAAGAUGCAUCAAGAUGCAUCGAUUAUUGUUUUAUCAUCGCAUUGUAGGCAUCGAAUCGUGAGGUGGCCAGAGAUUCCCGCCCCUAAUACAGUGAUGCGGCGUAUGUAAGAACAAAUUUGUUUCUUCCUCGAAAUUUUGUGGGUGCGGCUUAUACACCGGAAUUUACGGUAUUAGAAGUUUUUCUGGCAAAUCCAUGACUAUAUUCUCUUUAUUCAGCAAAAUUUAUUCUCAAAAUCUCAGAUUUUUUUUUUUCUCAAUGUGGCCCGUCCAUCAUACAGAAGAAAGUUGGCGGAAUGAAAAGGUAAAUUUUUCUUUAUGUGUUUGUGGCCGUAAAAAUUUGUUGCUCUAUAAUACUGUUACCUCUUAAGUAUUUAAAAAAGGAUAUCCCUCAGGUCUGGCGCCCCUUGUAGCCUGGCUAACUUCCAUUUUGUUCCCUGAACUUGCAGCAUUUCUCUUUAUGUAUGUUUAAUUUCUCAUUGUGUGUGUUUGUGUGUUUUUGGUUUUGAUUCAUUUCGGAGUUCUGUAGAGACGUUGCUGCGCAUUGUCCCUGUCUGCCACCGUACAUCAAGCUGGAUGGGACGGCAAAGCUAUUUGCACUACAAAGGAAGAUUCAGGAAAAUAAUAAAACAAAAUUAGGCGUGCUAAGAAGUUUCUUUGGUAAUUUAAUUGUUUUCUCUGUGUGUUACACAACUGGUGAAGUUUGUCGUCCUCCACUGGCAAAAACUGUCGAAUUCUGGAAGUGAUUUGGCCUCUGGCACAAGAAUGGAAGAGGGUACCUUCUGCAUUCAGAUUACUUUGAAACUCAUCAUUCAGCCUCAAUUGCUUUACCUCAGAACUGUUUUGAGUGCUUUUGUAGGUGUGUGAUGGUACUGAAUCUUAAACUGGUGCGAGAGAUGAGAAAGUUGGCAGACAAAGAAGUCUGAAACUGUGCACUUUCAAAUCAGAUCAAAGAAUUGGGAUGUUUGUGAGCAAAAAUCUAUAUCUUUAACAGAUUUGGUGACCUGAUAUUUGUAUUUCAUCAUUUGGGUUCUCUGAUUUGAAGGAACGUCACUUCAUGUUUUCAUGUUUUCAUGUUUUAGUUCAUGUUUUAGUUUUAAUUCAGUUCCACUCAUACAUACAGAUAAGAUUUAAUCAGAUAGUUCCAGUGUAUAAGCCACACCCACUAAAUUUAGAGGAAAAAAAAGAUUUGUGCAUACAUAAGCCGCGCCGGUGUAUAAGCCGCACGUGUCCACAUCAUAAAAUUGCAUGUUGUGGCAUGCACAAGUCCGUGAGGCAGCUCUUUAUUUGACAGGAGCCAAUCAUGACUCACAACGACCUUGUCAACUCAUUGGAAAUUGCAGGUCAUUACUCAAUAUAACAAUCUGACUCAGAGUGUCAUCUUACAAAAAAACAUUAAACUCAUCACACAGCAACUUAACACUAAUGCAACUUAACACUUUUCCCCUAAUGCAUUCAUUUGAGCAAAGCAUUUCCCUGGAGGAUAAGCAGCAUAGAAAAUGGAUUGGAUGACGCUGCGAUGUUGCCUCUGUCCACCAGUGGGAGCCAGAAUAGCCCGGCGCUUAGAACCCAGAGGGAGGCUGACGUCAUUACAGCACCCCAAUGAAUGCUUUGCUCAGACGCAAUGCAUUAUGGGAAAACUUUAAAAGUUUUAUUUCAAACUAGUAUUGGUACAUGUUUGUAUAUUUCUCAAGUAUACCUUUUGAGUGUUAAGUUGCUGUGUGAUGAGUUUAGUGUUCUUAGGAAAGUUUUUUAGUAAGAUGACACCAUGACUGUUAUGUUGUUAUACUGUUAUAUAUAAUAACCUAUAAUAGCUUCUUCUGAGUGCACUAGUUUGUGCUUGUGAAAGAAAGAGCUACAGAUUCCUCAUUGACUCACGAGCGGCACAGUAUUUAAACAAUUAGUAGUAGUUCUGAAGUAGUAUUAGUUCUCAUACACCGGAAUUCAUGGCACGUUUGUUCAAACAAUGCAUAGAAAGUUGGAAUUUCAAGUGUACUGUCGUACAGAAAGUGAUAACGUGACAUUUUCUUUCACACAACUUCACUACGUCAAAGACUCAAAGGAUAUAAGGUAAUUGAAGGUCACUGAGUUAUCUGUUAAAAAUAAUAAAUGUCUGCAGAAAAAAAAUUUAUGUAAGAUUUAGGAAACUGUUCAUGGCAUGCUAGUUCAAUUUGUGAUAAAAGAAAGUUUUGGUUUUUUUUUUUUAUAAAAACGCAUGUCUUGCCUUGUCAGCUCAACCGAGCUGUGUGUUUGAUCAUUCUAUACUUUACGUACAGUAAAGGACUUGCAGCUAUGUGAAAUGUGUCUGUGAAGAAAAUGAAGAGGCUAGCUAGCAGUGGUGUACAUUGUUGCUGUUUUUUUUUGUUUAUUUUUCACUGAUAGAGACUCUUUGUUGAAUGGGAGUAAACAAGAUGUGCUGUUUAUGUAUUCCAGUGACAAUAAAGGGUUAUAAUACUGA